AAUAAUUAUAAAUUAUAAUAAAUUCAAUAAUUAUUUAUCUCUCUUGGUACACAAAUAUUACUUAUCUCGCAGUAAAGUGUUCUUCACAAAAUUAUUAAAACUUAUUCAUCUGAAAAAGUGUCGUGUUAAAAUGGAUGACAAGUUUGAAAUACUGAAAUUAAAUUAUAAAAUACAUAAGUAUUCUAGUUUUUCCGCCCACUACGUUCCCGAGAACAUCUUGGUCAAUAAUCCUUCAGACCAGCUGUCUAGAUGGUUUACAGACAGUUCUACAUCAUCACAAUUUAUUGUUUUAAAACUUGAUUCACCAGCAAUCGUAGAAACCAUAAAAUUUGGCAAAUAUAUUAAGCCUCAUGUGAGUGAUUUGAAAAAGUUUCAAGUUUAUGGUGGAACCGAUGAAAGCAACUUAUCUUUAUUAUUGACGGGGGGCUUAAGAAAAGAUAGUGUAGCAGAAAUCUUCCGAUUGCGACACAAGACAACUGAAGGCUUGUAUCUACCUGUAAAAUAUAUUAAAAUAGUGCCAUUACAAUCAUGGGGACCAGUAUCAAACUACACCAUCUGGUAUGUGGAACUUGAGGGAAAAAAACAGCCAGAACUUAUAAGCAAUGUGAUGGAAACUAUUAACAUGCGUAAAGAAGAAGAAGCCGUCCGCAUACUCUUGAAGCACCUCCGACGUCGAAGAUACAAAGACGCGUUUGAAGCGUUGUCCCGUGAGAGUGGGGUACAACUCGAAGGACAUAUGCAAGCACGACUAUGGAAUGCACUCGUCGAGAAUGGAGAUUAUAAACUGGCUGAGAGAAUAUUUGAAGAAUCAGCUCGAGAUGGGGAGCUCGACUGGUACAUGUCAUGGCAACCCUACACCCCGGAAUGGCGCAAGCUUUGCGGUUGUUCUGCUCAAGUGGAAGAACGGCUGUGCUGCGGUGAGGCCUCCCCAGAGGUGCAUCCGCGACCGCACGAUCUGUCUUGUGUCGACCGGGACCCUCGGUUGGAGGGCGGGGACGUGGCGUUGAAUGGAAACGAGGCGAUGGAAAACUGCUUCGUAUCUUGCGGGACCGCGUGCUCCAACCGGCCCGGGCCUCGCGGCGGACACCAGCUGGUGGUCGACCCUAACACGGGUACGCUAUACCUCUUCGGCGGUUGGAACGGGACGGAAGAUCUGGACGACCUCUGGAGUUUCGACACGGUCAAUGAACGGUGGAGUCUCCUCUGCAGGCACAGCGGAAUGCUCGGAGGCCCUUCGCCUCGCUCCUGCCACAAAAUGGUCUUCGACCCUAUCAACGAGAAACUCUACACCAUAGGAAGAUAUCUGGACAACGCUCAGCGGACGCCGGCCAAUUUGAACAGCGACCUGUACGUUUACUCCGUGCGGUCGGCGGAGUGGUCGCUGGUGAUGAGCGACACGGCGGCCAAUGGCGGACCUAGGCUCGUCUUCGACCAUCAGAUGUGCAUGGAUCCCGACACCAGCACCAUCUACGUGUUCGGGGGACGGGUGUUGCCGGCUAACACCGAGGAAACGGCGAGUCCGCAAUACUCGGGCCUCUACGCGUACUACAUCCAGACCUGCACGUGGCACCAACUUCUGCCCGACGACCACGACCUUCCGGCUCCGCAGCCGCGCGUCUCCCACUCCAUGCUCUUCCACCCGAUCCAGCGCCGACUGUACAUUUUCGCCGGGCAGCGCAACAAGGAGCAACUGCUGGACGCCUGGUGGUACGAGGCGGGGUCGGGGCGGGGCGGGGCGCUGUGCCUGGGCUCCUGCGCCCCGCCCGCCGCCGGCUUCACGCAGAGGGCCACCGUCGACCCCGACACCGACGAGAUCUUCGUGCUCUCGGGCAUGAGCAAAGAAAAAGACCGUCGGGUGUACAACACCCUGUGGGUGCUGUCUCUGAGGAGGCUGACGUGGAGUUGCGUCUACAGGAACGAAGCCGUCACGCCCCUGGAACCCAGGCCGCGAUUCGCUCAUCAGUUGGUCUAUGACCCGGUCAGGAAGAUCCACUAUUUAUUCGGCGGAAACCCCGGUUCGGCCAGCAGUCCCCGACUGCGCCUGGACGAUCUCUGGGCGUUGCGGUUGACGCGUCCCGCCUUGUCUCGCGUCGUGGACGGCGCGCGGGCAGCCCUCCGCGAGUCCUGUUAUCGGGAGCUCGCGGCGGACCCGGCCGCCGCCCCCGAGGCCUUGGCCUAUCUGAGACGCGAGCUCAGUGACGUCAUCGACCACGCUGACCCCGAGCAGGUGGCGAAGUUCCAGCGCCUGGCGACGGCGCUGUUCGCGGGCCGAGUGCGCGACGAGUGCGCGCCCGUGUCUCUGUCUCCGCGACGCGUCCGGGCGCUCGCUCGACGCCGAGCCGCCGUCAGCGCCCCCGCCGACCUCGCCAGGGCUUUGGCCGCGGUGUUAGGAGUGGACGACACGAUCCCCGAAGCGACGCAGCCGUUCGAAGAGGCGACUCUGCCGGACGUAGACACGUGGGACGUCGGCCGGGACGACGAGGAACCGGUCCCGGCGAGCGGUCCCGGCGGGGCGUGGGACGAGAGAGCGGCCCGAAUCGGGCUGUACGAGCGGCUGGCCGCCUACUUCCGUCCCAGCACCGUGCCCCCCACCGCCGACAUCUUGGAUCUCGUCGCUUUAUAGAUAAGAAAUAGUUCUGGCAACAUCCGAAGCAUCACUCCCUUCUACGUGACAAGAUUAAUUUAUAAACACUUUAAUUAAAUGAUAAUCCGUUAAGUUAUUUCUCAACACACCGGCAAUGUUGGGUAGUGAUCUUUGUAAUUUAAGAAAUUAAUUACACAAACAGAAAAAAAAGUACGUACGAUGUAUUCGUUCUUUGCCGUCAAUGAAGAUGGCCGAUUUUAACUUUAACAAAAAAAAUCUUUCAAAUUAUAACUUUUCGCUUAUAGAUAGAAUUUUUUAACUUCGUGGUAUUAUAUUUUCCAAAGAAGAGAAUAAAGUAAUCUUAGGAAUGCAUAUUCCGGUUUCUCCCUCACUUUAAAACCGUGUUUAUUAAACGUAUCCAUAAAUGUGACGAAAUACCGUCGUGUAUCCCCGCCUCUAAGUGUUAAGUUUGUUCCUAGAUUAGUCUGUAAUGUAGGUUUAACGGAGCAUUUGUAAAUAGGUUUAAUGUGCAUUUAAUGUUUGAUUCAAGUAAAUUCUCUUUUGUGAAAAAAGAAAUAGUUUGAACGUCUAGAGACAUAUGAUGGAACGGUCCCGCUUUAGUUGGUGCAAUAGAUUUGUAAGAGACGCUUUGGUGAACACGUACAUUCUAUAAAUGGGAAAUACGUACGAUUUGGUAAAUAGAGCUGGCUUCAACUGUAAUUUUUAUAGGACAACACUUGUUGACGCUCAAAUAAAUAAUGGUUGUAAUAAUUAAAACGAUUAAUGUCACGUCAAACAAAGUUAAUCUCGCAAAAGCCAUGAAGUGCGUUACGUUGAGCGGUAAUCACGAACUGUGAUAGGAAGAUAGUCAUACGAGUAUUUCAUGUUUAAGCGCUUCGAAGAAUUAAGUUUUCUUUUGUAAAUGUUUUUACAGUUUUUAUUGCAGCGAGGCUUAUGCUUUCAUUUAUAAUGAAUAAAAGUAUUUGUGGUAUAAAAUUAAA